GUGGAGAGAGAAAGCGAGGGGAGGAGAGGGGAAGAAGAAGAAAGCACAAGAAGAAGAAGAAGAAAUGGAAGAUGUGAUAACGGAUUUCCCUCCGCCUUCCCGUCUCUUCUUCGAUGACCUCAACAACUUCUCCUCGCUUCCUCAACCCCUCCCUUCCCCCUUCCUCCUCCUCUCCAACCCUAACCCUAAUGCCGAGCCCUCCUCGCCGUUGGAACCCUCCUUGCUGAUCGUCGCCGUCUCUCGCCCGUCCACCUUCCUCCUCCACCACCUCCGCGGAAGAGCCCUCGUCGGAACCCUGGUUCUCCCCGAAUUUUCCGUUGCCGCGAACUCUCUCGACUCCUCCUCCCUGGACAACAACUCCGCCCACCUCUACGCCCUCGACACCGCUCCCGGCGUGCUUCUCGCGCUGAUUCAGUAUCAGAUCCCUCCGGAGAGGUCUUCAGCGGUCGCGAAGGUCGUCUUCGAGAAGAUUCGACCGAAGAGAGUAUUGAUUCUGUCGUCGAUUCAGAGUAUGAACUUCAGAGGUAAGAUCUAUAACGACGAGCGCUUCGCAUUUAAGCUCGAAACCCUAGAGCAGAGACUCGACCCAGAGGGUCCUUUGGUGAGAGAAUUGAGUUACUUUCCGUCUGGUAGUUUAAUCGAAGGAAUCGCGGCUUCGUUGUUGGCUGCCUGUCAGGUUCGGAAGAUUAAGGGGACAUUGGUAGUGUCUUGGCCGGAGUCGCAGGUUUCUGUGGUUCUGUUAAGGUCUGUCCUGAGGAACAUAGUGGGUGGUCUGGAUUUUAGUCCCAGUUUGGAGACAUCUCCGUUUAAAGAUGUUCUUGCUGAGUCUGAAAUGUACAUAUGAUCUUACUUGUCUUCCAAUUUAUUGGUUAUGUUGUGAGUUCAUACAUUUACAUGAAGCAGAUUUUCUACGAGUUCUA